UCUGAAUAUAGAACAUUUCGUUCAGUUCAGUUCACAUUUGCAGCUAUUAACGAUCAGUUAUCAGUACCACAGACAAAGGCAAAAUCAUGCGGAUGACCCAGUUGUUGUGCUUUGGAGCGACACUUCUUUUGUUCAGCCUGAUGCAACAGACACAGGCGGCAGCCACAUCCAGCAAAAAUAGCAAUAAUCCGGGAAUAGUAGCCCAGAUACAGCCCAAUCCAGUAGGAAAUCAGGCUCCCAAUCCGACCACAGUGAAACCCCAACAGCAGCGACAACAGCAAGAUGCCAAGUGCCUGCAACCCUUGGACCCAGGUCCCUGCCGCAUGAGUCUGGAUCGAUUCUACUACAACAAGGAUACAAAUUCGUGUCAGACCUUCAAGUUUGGUGGUUGUCGGGGCAAUGACAAUCGCUGGGGCUUCCGUCAGACCUGCGAGGAUGCUUGCCUCAUCAAAAAGUGAACCAAGAUCAGUGGACGAUCGAUCCAUUGAUUAUAGAGAUUUAUAGAG